CGUUAUACUGGUGCCACGAUUCUGGGUCUCUGUCUCUCGUGGAAAACGAAGCAGCAGCGGGGGAGUUGAAGGAAAGCAUGGCUGUCGGCGACAUAUUGACGCGGGCUCGGCCCUUCUUGCGAGGGGAGCUCCACAGCGUGGACGAGGAGCUGCCGACGUUCGUUGAGGUGCUGGCGUCGGCAGGUGCCGGGGAGUGCUGGCACAAACACGGCGACUUUCUCCAUCACCUGCUCGACGUCUACCGCAUCCUCCACCUGUGGGGGGCUCAUCCCCACGUCUCCCGCUGCGGCCUCUUCCACUCCGCCUACUCCAACUCCUACGUUAACCUCGCCAUCUUCCCCCCGGAUGUGGGCCGCCCCGACGUCCGCCGCAUCAUCGGAGGCCCUGCCGAGCAUCUCGUCCACCUCUUCUGCAUCGUUCCUCGCCAACCCCUUAUCCACGAUGACCUCCUUUUCCGCUACACCGACGCCGAGUUGGUCCAAGAUCUCGCAGACUCGCAGGCCUCCCUCGAAGCCUCUAGCAAGCCCCCUCCAGUGGCCAGCGAUAACCACCUUCCGGAAUGGAGGAGGAAGCUGCAGGCUCUCCUGCCGGCGGAGGGAAUUACGGUGAAGCACAUCAGAACGGGAGAAGACGUCGUGGUGCCCCGCCGGCUCGUCGCCAUAUUCCUGCUGAUGACGAUGGCCGACUUCAGCGAUCAGCUUUUCGGGUUCCAGGACGUACUCUUCGACAACGCGAAUGGUCGAAUGGAGUUCACCGGCAAUUCGUUCACGGCGCUCUGGCCAGGAAACGGCAAACCGGGUCUGUGGAUGAAUUCCAUCUCUCGGAUGGGCGCACUGUACAAUCUCAUCGCGAGGGAGGAGAUCCUCUACAUAAUGGAGAGAGAUCGGAAAGAUGGUGGUUGCGACCAUCAUGGCGCUAAUGGCAGGAUUGGAAACGAUGGUGAUCAUCGUGGCACCGACAACAGCAACGAAAACGGCGACUUGGUUAACGGGUAUUUCAGUGAGAGGAUGGAGGAAAUAGAGCUUGUCAUCCCCCCGGUCUUCGAUGACUGCACCAAGGUUCUGGACCAGCAUGAGCAAAUCGAGGCGAGGGACCUGUACUGGGAGGCAGUGAGUGGUGUAGGAGAAGCAAAUGAGACGGCGGCGGAGCUCCUGGUCAAGUGCUGUGAGAAGAAUCCAUUUGUAGGGGAGCCCCAUGUGGUGCUGGCUCAGACGUAUCUGUCGAUGGGGAGUUAUGAAGAAGGAGAAAGGGAGGCUGAAGUAGGGUUGAGGCUCAUGUUGGAAUGGGGAAGCAGCUGGGACAAGAGGAUGUCGUGGGAAGGGUGGAUCUCAUGGGCCAGGGUGUUGGUGAUGAAGGCAAAGGAAAGGUCUUGGCCCAAGGCCUCCUGGGGCAUCCUCAACCUUGGGCUUGUUAAGUGAACAGAAAACAGAGCAUCAUGAAUCCCCAAUCUUUCUUUCUUCGUCUUCUUUCUGUUGGAUGGAUGCAGUGUGGGGAUGUUAAGUGUCUCGUAUCUUUAUAUACAAAUAGUAUGACUUGCUCCCUUAGUUCCUCUUUUCUUUUAUGAUAAACAGAUCGGGGUUUAGUAGUCCCCUCCCCCUGUCCAAUUAAUAAAUUGUUCCUGUGCGUCAGUUAUAAUCUUA